AGUAAAACUUGAGCUGACUCGGACCAGUCGACUGUUGCUAACUCACAUUAGAAAACCACGAAACCCCCAUAGCAGAGGGUUUAAGAAGCGAAGGCCAAGCAGCAUGAGCAUUUGACUUUGCUGCAAAAAUCCUCAGUCCUCACAAAAUGGAGACGACAAGGCUCCGUUUGCUGUUCGAGGAUCGCAACAUUCUGAACAAGUCACAGAAGAAACAAGGACUAAAACGAAGCUGGAUUCUCCUUAAACCCCAACACCAAACCAUCUUGGAUCUUUCCUCUCAUCUUCUCUACGAUUUCCACCUCCACAGAUCUUGCCCGAAUGGCCUCAUCCUUUCCAUGGACGGCUUUGUUUUGCCACCUUUCGAGUCAACUUGUAUUUUCAAAGAUAAAGAUAUUAUCAGUGUGAAGAAAAAAGGAGGUAAGCGGACUGAGAUUCUUAAGGUAGGUGACGGUUUGAAUUCUUUGGAAGAAUUAGAAAUAGUAGAGCAACCGCCAGUGAAUACAGGCGUGAAGCUUCUAGCCAGUGAGGAGUUUGACAAGCAACCUGGGGGAUAUGAAAGUGAACCGGAAGAAGAUGAACAAGAACUUGAGCCAUUGGAGAAUGAGGAACAUGUGGAAAGCACUCCAAUUCAAAACAUUGUUUCGAAGAAAAGAAAGGCAUCGGAGAAGCUUCCCAGACCUAAGAGGAAGAAAAGUAAACUGGCUAGUGCUGGAAAAUCUCCUGUUUCUGUAGAUAAUGGAAAUGAUGUCCAUCUCAAGAAAAGCAAAAGCUCUCAUCAGAGAACUGCUCUCCCUGAAGAAAAGGUUGUUGAGAAGGAUAAUCCGGUUGAUAUACAGGGAGAACCAGAGAAGUCAAGCCACCCUGAAACUGAUGAAAGUAGUGAUGACGAUACCAAUGUGGGGAGGUUCCCCCAGCUUCAAGAAACUUGCAAAGGGAGUGUGGUUGUAUCUCAGACAAUUAGUGAAGCUAAAAAGCUCCCUAGCAGAAGCGCACGACGUAAAAAAGCCAAAAGGCAAUGGUUGAGGGAGCAGGCCAAAAUUGAAAAGGAAAAGCUGCCUUCAAAACAGCUGCAUGGGAAAGAUAAUCAGCAAUCACCUGCAAAAGAGAAUCUCAAAGUCUCUGAAGAACAUCUACAACCAGUUAGCAAUAUCAGUGGUGAGGAUUACGUGGUUCCAGUAGUAAUUAGGCCGGGACAUAUUCGCUUUGAGCCCCUCGAAACAGAUGCAGAGCGAGCUGUCCAACAAAGUCAAAUUUCAGGGGAAACCUUUCAAUGGAAUGGAAUAACCAGCAAGAAGAAGGGUCAAAAAUGGGGCAAGGAGAAAACUCCAUUUCUGAAAAGGAAUGAUGAUAAAAGUUUUAGCCAAGUGAGUACUGAAAUGGUGGCUGUUGAGGAAAAGGCAACCAGAACUGAUUACAUGGACUUUGAGAAGCUUAUGCCCUAUUCUAGCUUGCCUAAGGAGGGAGAUUUUGUUGCAUAUCGCUUAGUUGAGCUAUCAUCAUCUUGGACCCCUGAGCUUUGCUCCUUUCGAGUUGGGAAAAUAUCACACUAUGAAGCUGAAUCCAACAGGAUCAUUCUGGCACCAGUGCCGGAAUAUCCAAAGGCUUCUGAGAAAAAGAUAGAUGGGGAUGAAUCUGAACUACAAUCAGACACAUCCCUUUAUGGAGAAGAUGGCUCAUUAGAGAUAGAUUAUACCUCUCUAAUUGAUGUUCGUCUCAUCAAGCGUGGCAACUCAAAUACCAAUAGAUCAGUUGCUGGUGGCAUCAGUGAAAAUAGUGCAGAAGAUCAAAAUGUUUUAGAAAAUAGACAACCAAAUGGCAGCAAGGAAGCAGCCCUUGUCUCAGCCCCUCCUCCUGCUCAAGCUAAUGGUGUCGUAAAUGGGUGGGAAGAAAUUAGCCAGGCUUUGAGUGCAAAGAAGGCGGAGCUCUGUAAAGAGGAUGGUUGGAGUCAAACAGAGAGUUCAGGUAGGAGCUCGUGGUCCUAUAGGGCCCUAAGACGCAGUGCCCUGGGCCCAACUAUGGCUUUCUUAAGAGCACAAAAUGGGAUCUUAGGAGAAGCACCAACAUAAUUCAAGUGUAGUUCCUCAAUGUUUUUGAACCUUUAAAAGAUGAGAGCAAGGCAGUUUUGUUUUGGCUUUUGCUUUUAAUGUACACGAAUGUCUCUGGUGCCAUCAAACUUAAUGUCUUUGUGUGGAAUGCAAAUGUUUUAUUUUUCACUUGUUUUACUGUAGAGGAGCUUUAAUCUUUUUCUUUUUCCAAUUUUAAUUCAAUGGGGAAAUUUUUGGUGGACUUAGCCAGUUUAUUUAGCCAAAGUUAUCAAGUGCAGACUGGCAGGUUCAACCAGUUGAAUAGCGACCUGCCAUCCUUACCAAUCUGGAAUGAUAGGUAGAACUGUUUGUUGUAAAAAAUGGGGGAUCGAACUGUUACAAAGGGGCAAACUGUUGGACCAGCAUUUUGCUUUGGGCUAUAAAAAUGAGCUGAAACUUUGACUUUUUCAGCAGGGCACCAAAAUAUACAAGAAGGUAAAGUCUGCUACACUGCCAAUGCCGAGAGCUCGAGCUACAGUCCUCUUGCUUUCUUUUUGAGUUUUUACUUUCACAUUUCUCUUCGUUCUUCUGGUCUUCACUCUUCAAGGCUUUGUUUAACGUGUUCUUUCUCUAUCAGCUGCCUCAUUUUACAUUUUUCUUCCUGCUGCAUCUCACUUCAAGAAGGUUGGCUUAUUUCUCCUCAUUUUUUGUGUUAAAUUUGUUUGUAAUUGGUCUGUGAAAAUAUUUGUCUAUGAAGCUACUGUUUUUGUUUUUGUUUGAUUUACUCUUUAAGGCCCAAAAAGGAAAAGCUAUGUACUCUGUUUAAGAUAACUGGUGAUGGUGUCGAAGAUACUCUUUUGAAGAUCAAAGAUAAUGGACACUUCUAGCUCCACACAGUCAUCUACUCAACAUUAAUCAAAGUCUGCAUGAUCUAUUCAUACCAAGUCUGAUCCAGCAUAGGCUUACAUCUUUGAACAAGAGCUACUGAUGGGAAGAAAAUGAACAUGUAUUCUUUUUGUGAGAAAGUUGUGAAAGGUGGAGGUAUUAAUAGAAUGGAAAUGCAUCUUGCUGGAGAAAAGGGUGAUGUUUGACCUUGUAAAAAAAGCUCCUGGGGAUGUCCAUUUCAGAAUGACAGAAAAUGUGAAAGAAAUUCAAGAUCAGGAAAAGCAGAAUGAAUUAACUGGAAGCUUUAAAUCCCUUUGGGUGUAGUUAAAUUUAAUCAAGGUGACAUUCCCGAGGAUCAUGGUGAUGACUCCACUUCUUCCUCCCAAGUUGGUUGAUGUAGUAAAAGUAGUGAUGCGUCAAACAAAAGGCUAAUGGCUGUUUAAGGGGUCAGAGCUUAUUAUCCUAGUGGCACUAAACAGGGUUCUCAGCCCACUAUUAAGGCCAAACUCCAGAGCAAGAAGAAAUGGCAUCAAGCAGACUUAGCUGUUACUCACUUUUUCUAUGAUGCUUGUAUCCCAAUGAAUGCUGCAAAUUCCUCCUACUUUCAGCCAAUGAUAGAUGCUAUAGCAUCCAUGGGUUUGGGAUAUGAAAAUCCUGGUUAUCAUGCUUUAUGAGUCAACUUACUGGAGGCUGCAAAAAAUGAAUUGCAGCUGCUUCUUAACUCCUACAAAACCACUUGGACACCGACACUGGAUGUACUAUAAUGGGAGGUUUGAAGGAUAUCAGUCAAUGAUCAAUUUGCUUGUCCAUUGUCCAAAAGGAAUAUUUUUAAGGAAUCAUUUAAACUUAAAAAAGAGACUAUGUGAUCAGUAUACCAGCAUCAUAAAGGAGAGAUAGGAUCGGCAGCUUCUCUGUGAUCUCCAUGGUGCUGCAUAUUGGGUGAAUCUGGCUUUUCUAUAUGAUCAAAAAAGGUUGUCAGAAGCCACGGUUCUGGAAGGGCUUGUAAAUGUUGUUAGCAACGAAGUUAUUGGGGUUAGCAAAACCAAGUUGUUGGAUGAGACAACUCUGUUUUGAGAGCUUAUGCAUGAUUUUGGACUAGAUGUAGCCUAUGCUUCGGGAAAACUUCAAGACGGUGUAAAAAUAGUAAAAGGAAAUUAUUUUAAUUACGUAAUGUGAAUUUCUUUUAUUAUGUUUUUUUAGUUUUGUAUACUUACAUACUAAAUGUCACUUUCUAUCUUCUAGAUGAAUGGUGGAGGUUGUUUGGGCACGACACUCCAAAUUUGCACAAUUCAGGUAUAGGAGCAGGUUUGAAAGGGUUUCUUUUAUCUUCUUGUCAAACUGUUUCUUCCUCUGGUUGUGAAAGAAAUAGGAGCUGGUUUGAAAGGGUCCAUUCAAAGAGGAGGAAUAGGUAAUGAUGUUGUUUAUGUACUUCACAAUAUCUCUUUGAAAGAUGGGUAUGGAGCUUUUAUCUUGUUAAUUUGUUAUGUCACUCUGUUUACUUAUUUCAUUAUGGAGACGGCUCUGGAAUAUGGUAAUCAAAUUUAUUUAUUUUGUUUAA